ACUCCCUUGCACCCCAGCCCCUUGCGCUUCCGCUGUCCCCCUCUCCCCCCGUCCUCCCGUCCUCCCGUCCUCGCCUCAUUCUCGCUCCCUUUCGUGCUCGACUCUUCUAACUUCAUAGACUUCUUGGUAUCCAUCAUAUGCUUGACUUGAAGAUGGAGCAUAUCAAAGAAAAGGAAACAGAUCUGAAUAUCUUGGAACCCUUUCAUGGGCUUGCUACUACGGUUGAUAGCUGCGCAAAGUUCUCUUUGAACUUCAUUGUAGAAUCUUUGGACAAGCUAAAAGUUGAAGUCGGACAAAAUAGCAGUCUCCUUGCCGACACCUUUAAUCAGAUGUCUUCUAUUCCCGAGAACAAUACAGUUCUCGAAUCUGAUGCCAUGAGCACUGAUUCGCAUGAUUGGGACAGCAUCAGCAUGCGGUUUCGUGAUAGGAAUAAUUCCUUGACAAAUUCAUUUCAUUCCACGGGGAAAGACAGCCGGUCCUCUGCAGGAAAGCAUUCGUCAGGAAAGAGAAGCAACCAUAACUCUCGUGCGAGCAGCGUAGCUGGCAGGAGCAGCCACAGCAGCAGCGGAUCAUCGUGCAGCUCCUCGCCGACCUCACAGGUUGCUGAUUUCGAGCGGUUGCGAUCAGAGAUGGUAAACGAGACAACCAUGCAAGCGCUCAAGGCGAGAUGCUGCGAAGCCACGAAGCGGGGGACACAGAAGCUGAGGAAAUCGGACGACGCCGAUUGGAGGUCGCAGGUUGCACACGUUCGAAGGGGUUGCGGAGGGCAGACGAUCCAGGGAGUGAACGUGAAGACAGGCCAGCUCUUAGAAUGAAACAAGUAUUCGUGAU